AUGGUGCAAGCAGCAGUGCACACCUACGCUGAGGCCAUCUCGGCUCUAACCAGCAAGGUCAAUGAAGCGAAUGCCCAGCUUACUAGGCAAGGUGAGCUGAUGCAGCAGAUACUGGAGCUCCUCCAAAGUCCAGUACCAGCUCCUACACCGUCAUUCACAGUGAUGGAUCACCUCCAGCUGGAUCAGACUCUUGAGCACAAUCUUCUUCAAGCUAGAGCCCUGACAAAGCUUGAAGAGAUGGUGGACAUCUUAACAAGAACUCUUGAUAACUUCUUAGAUUAUCAUGCUGAUGACAAAGUGGGGGAGAUAGAGUUAGAUGUUGCUGAUAUCCCAAUGAUUCAAACUGAAGCUAACACUCCCAGAGCCAAAGCAAAUGAAGUUGAGGUCGUUGAUGAAAACCCAACUUCCUAUGAAGCUAUUGAAGCUAAGGUCGUUGAUGAAACCGUCAGAGCUGAUGCUGAAGCUCGUGACGAAGUCCUUCCUAUCACCUCUGUAGAUGAUGCUGGUGAUAAGGAAGAUGAUGAUGAUGAAGACGAUGACAAUGAAAACAAUGAUUCUCUUACCCUUCCUGAUGCUGGAAAGGAUCUUGGUGAUGAUGAUGAUGAAGACGACGAUGAUGACGACUUUACCAUUCAAUACUAG